AUGUCCGAUUUCCGCACCGGUUUCCGUCCCCACACCACGUGCCUCACGGCUACAUCACGAGGAACGGCUCCACAGACGGCUCGGACGCAUGACGUGUCACACCUUGCGGAUCACCGUAGUGCACUGCCGCCGCAGCUACCGGCCUCUCAAAUCAAGGAGAUCACGGGUGUCUACGAGAGUAGCUUCAUGCCGGUGGACUCCAGUAGCAUAUACUCUGACGAGGACGGCAUGUGGCACACAAAGGUGUUCCCAUCGGAAAGCCCCUCCAGCCGGACGGACGCGGUGAUGUUGGACAACUGGAUCAGCCACACGUUUGGCAAGAAAAGAGUCCAAGAGUUGGUGCCGGUGCUCUCGGUGGCGCUUCACGAGAUCGUCCGCCAGGUCAUGCACCAUUGUCAGGAGCGAGGCGUGGCACUCCAGAAGAUCUGGCGAACCUACGUGGAGCUGUUCGAGAGGGUCCUUGAACAGAUGCAACGCUCCCUCACGAUCCACAAGGAACGCACCGCGGAGGUACAAGAAGAGCUGAAGGAGGCGAACCAGGAAGUUCGGCAGUUGAAGCGCGAGCAUCCGGAGCAGAUGCACAACAUCAUCUCGGACUUAGAGGCGAAGUUCCUGCAGCGGCAGAAGAACUUCGAGCGGGACCUUCAGGAGGCGGAGGAGGAAAACAUGGCUGCCAAGACUGCCAUCCGGACGCAACACAAGGAGUUGGAAAGCUGGUAUCCAGGAUUCCAACUCUACCAAGAUUCCUUCGUGAAGAAUUUGUUGCCACAGACGGAUCAUGGAGCGUGGCGCAGCAUCCGCAAGUUCGAGGAGUCGGUGGACGACGCUGCACCCGAAGUGGCCAUGGCCGAGGACUUCAAGCGACUUCUUGCGGCUUUGCCGCCCGAUAAGCGCAAAGUGAUAGGGCAAGACUUGAUGGGCCUCAUCGACGGUGAUGAGGUCGAGAAGAUCAGCGACGCGCCCUUCAACAUGGAGGCGUUCUGCAUCAUAAACCUAUAUAAACUACCACAGUGUCGGCACAUAAGCCUUUGCACUGACGUGGAAGGGUUGUUCGUUGCCUCGGUUUAUUUCGUCCGGGCUUCGUCGGUUCUUUAG